GACUAAUUCAUAGAAUGUCUUCCUAGUAAUAUACAAAAAGUCGGUAUUUCAGUUCUGUUGCAUAAUAAUGAAAGCAUUUUUAGGGAUUUUAUCUAGUGAUGGGUUUGGUCCUUACUCAGGCGGAGGAGGAGAAGAUUGAGGAGGUGGUGGAGGAGGUGGUUGAGGAGAAGGUGGAGGAGGUGGAGGAGGUGGAGGAGGUGGAGGAGGUGGAGGAGGUGGAGGAGGUGGAGGAGGUGGAGGAGGUGGAUGAGGAGAAGAUGGAGGAGAAGGUGGGGGAGGAGGAGGACCACGGCGGUCGUGAUGAAGAGGGGACGGGCAAGUCAGAACGGGGAAAGGAACACCUGCGGGGUGACGAUGACGCCGAUUAUGAUGCUGAUGAUGAUGCUGGUGAUGAUGCUGAUGAUGAUGAUGCUGACGAUGGAGAUGACUGGCCGGGGUAAGAAUGAUGAUUAUGAUGAGGAGGGUGUGAUGGUGACACGUGACAACCAUGCGACGUGGAGUCAUGGAUGCUGCAUCAGGGACUACCUGUACUCCUACAACCGCCCCAGCAACGUGACAUCCAUGCACGUGACGGGAGCAUGUGACAGCCAAGCAACGUGGCUGCUGCCAGCACGUGGCAGACGCUAGAAACAGAACUUUAACAUUUGAGCCAUGCAGGCUCACAGUUCGUGUUAGCCUAUCCCACAUAAAGGUGUGCGAUGAACAAAAGUCAUGAACAACC